AGUGAAAACCUACACCCACUUUCGGCACGUGUGACAGCGGAAAGAGGAACGGCCCCCUCUUCGACUCCAUAGCAACUCGUACGUAGUGAUAAUCUUUAUCGAACAUUUCGAUUUCGAAAAGCUCGUUGUCAUCUUCUCUCCAGUGUUAUAAUUAUAUCUGUUGAAUCAAUGGGAGGAGCAGAGCAUGGACACGGAGGAGAGGCGGCCCACGGUGAUUUCAGGUCCAAGGUCUGGAGCAUGAGCGGUGGUCCAUACUGUAGGCCCAAGCACUGGAAGCGCAACACGGCCAUUGCUAUGGCUGGCAUCUUCCUUAUUUGCAUUCCUAUUGCCAUGAAAUCCGCCGAGCUCGAGCAACGGCCUCAUCAUCCUGUUCGCCCAAUUCCUUCCCAGCUCUGGUGCAAGAACUUUGGAACCAAAGACUACUGAAGUUGUCUGGAUCACCAAGUGGAAAAGUGCUUGAAGAGGUCUUUGUCAAAACUGUGCCUGUAUUUUGAUUGCCUGGUUUUAUUAGCCUUUAAUAAUUUGCUUUGAUAGUAUUUUCAAAGAUUUGAUCUUCUUCUGCAUUGGAACAUAUCAGGAUGAUAUUAUCAAUAAGUUGCGGAAUUGCCUGCAUCUUGUUAUCAUAUAGAUGUUAUGACUGUUAUUGAAAAUUGUGAUUAUAUCUUGCUUUCA